AUGUGGUUUGAAAUUCUGCCUGGACUGGUCAUUAUGGGCGGUUGCCUGAUGAUCCCGGGGAUUAGCACCAUUAUCAUCCAAAAGUACUGCAAUGGGGGCAAGGAGAAGAGAAUUGCCCGCAACCAUUACCAGUGGAGUGUAAUGGAAAGGGACAGGCGGCUCUCUGGAACUAAUCUUUAUUAUGAAUCGAAGGGGUUGGAGAACUUCAUCAAGGAGGAAUGA